AUGGGCACUAAUAUGGAAACCUAUUUUGGCCAUGUCCGCACCCCGCUGGACGCCAUUUAUCUCUUUGAAGCAUGUCGAUUAGGAAUCCUGCCUCGAGUGCAGCGACGGCUUUCUGAAAAGGAACGCCAGGCAAUCACAUCAGGUUCUGUCUUUGUUUGGGACGAACGCGAAGCUGGUAUGCGAAGAUGGACUGAUGGCAAAUCUUGGAGUGCAUCUCGCGUUUCGGGCUCAUUUUUAACAUAUCGCGAGAUGGAGGGCAAGCGCAAUGAUGGCUCUUCUCAAGACCUUGAAGAUGAUAAAAAUGGUGAUGAGGAUUCAAACGUGGUUUCUUCUGUAUCUGAUGGGUUCCAUUACAAGCCUGACGGCCUUAUGAAGCAGUCUUUCUCCAUUCAAACAACAAACGGUCUCAAGCUUCAUCUCAUUUCUUACUACUCGCGCUCAUAUACAAACUCCAACAAGCUCAUGCAACCUUCGCUCGACCCAAAGCUUAAGGAUAUUCACAUUCCUCCAAGCCUUUAUCCUGAUAGCAACACACCCAUUGAGGGCCCAACACAUAUGCUCUCUCUUCCAAUGCACCAGGCUCCUCCUACCAUGCACUUGAUGCCUCCGCGUCCUUCAUAUGCACCUGUUCCACCACAACAUCCCUCGCAUCUCACCCAUCCUGCGCCACCGGCUCACCCAGCCCAUCCACAACAAGUUCAUUACUUGCAGCCUCCUCCACCAGCGCCAAUCCAUCAACACCCGCAGCAGCCACCCCAAUCGCAUCUACAACAUCAACAAAUUCCACCACGACAUCAACCUCAACAUCCUUCUCAUAUGGGCUAUGCUCCUCCACCACAGCUCCAUCAAGCGCCUGCUGCUGCUGCUGCUGCUGCUGCUGCUAUGACUCCUAUGCAGGUACAACAACAACAACAACAACAACAACAACCACCUCCACCACCACCACCAUCUCAACAACAACAACAACAGCAACAGCCUCCUCACCCGGUUCAGCAAAUGCCUUCUGGACCAUACCCCCAUGGAGCUGUUGCACCACCACCACCACCACCUCCUCCUCCUCCCCAACAUUACUCGCAGCAAUCCAUACCUGUUCCAGGUCAUGCUGUCACACCCCAUCAACAAAAUGUUCCUCUUCUGCCGCAGCAGAUGCACCAUCAUCCCUCCAAUGGCUACUCGCCUCAACAAAUGCAUACUAUUCCCCCUCCCCCAAUGGCUAAUCAACAAGGACCUUGCCAAUAUCCUCCUCAAAUGGUAAACUUGUCCAUGCCUCCUCCUCCUCCUCCUCCCCAUCAGCAGCAACAACAGCAGCAUCAGCAUCAGCAUCAGCAUCAGCAACAACAACAACAAUACUACAUGACUCCUCCUCCAACUCAGGAGCAGCCGCGCCAAUCUGCUGUUAUGCCACAGGGCCAACCACCAUCGGGUCCUUAUCUUCAGUACCCUCACGCUGCCCCUCAUCAUACUCAAGGCCCUCCUCCUCCUCCUCCUCCUCCUCAAUCUCUCCAACCUUCCAUGUCUCAACAGAGCCCGUAUCCUCAACAGCAACACGAUGCUUCUUCUCCUCCACCUCCCCCACCUCAUUAUUCUUAUACUCAUGGUCCUUCUGGUCCUUCUCAGCAGCGAUCUCCUGGUUCUUACCAGCCAUUGCCAGGCCAUUCUCAUGGUCCUGCUGGUCCUCCUCCUCCUCCUCCUGUUGCUUCACAAUACAUGUUGGGUCCUCAGCCGCAAAACCAGCCGCACCCACACCAUCCCCAAGCUUAUCCCCCCCCACUGGCCAACGGAGUCCCCCUCCCCCCACCACAACAAAUGUCGCCCAUGGCUUCUCCUGCCUCGGCACCCGCGUCCACUCCUGCACCAGGCCCGGUGCCUGCUCCGGCCAUGCCAAUCCAAGGUUCUUCUGCUCCUCACGUUGCUCCAAUGAUGUACCAUUCUGCUUCUCACCAUGGCUCACCCAUGGCUCCUCAUAAUUCACAUCCACUUCCACCACCAUCACAACAACAACAACAACAACAACAACCACCACCACAGCAGCAGCAGCAGCAUCAGCAGCAUCAGCAGCAGUCUGUUCCUGCAGCUCCACCAAUUAUGCUGUCAUCUCCCCGCUCGACACCUGUUUCUUCUGUGUCUUCGUCUGGUGAUGUUUGUGCUAGCCAACCUCCCACUCCUCGGGCUGGUGUUGUAUCUCCUUCUAUUAAGCAUAUUGGUAAGAGUCCACGGAUCUCUGCUUCCCGCGUAUCUAAGAAGGGUCCUAAGCCUAAGACUUCUCCUCGCAAUCUUGCGGCAGCGGUUUCAGUGGGUGCAGCUUUCCCUCCUCCACCAGCUCCACCCACCUCUAGUUCCUUUUCUUCUCCUCGCUCUGCUGCCUUUGCAUCUGCUGGUUCUGUUCAUGGAUCUCCUGGCUCGGGCGUUGUUUCUCCCGUUGUUUCCCCCCAACACUGCGAUUCAUCUGCAGCCUUUUCGACGACUCUUAAGAAGCCCAUUCUGCCAAGCACACUUGGAAGCUUGAGUGGAGGAACCGGGCCCAUUACACUGCCCUCACUGCCCAGUCUUGUACGGGAAAGUGGUUGGGACCGAUCUGGGAGUGCAGGCAUUUGGCGUGAGGACUUGCGUGCCAUUAAGGUGCUUGACCGUGGCUUUUCGCUUAAUUGA